UGCUGGGUGAUGUCAAAUGCCACAAAAGGACGUGCUAUAACAAAAGUAGAAAUCUAUACAAUGAGGGACCCCAGUUAGAUCAUUAAGUUGAAGAGGGGUAUCUGUUAUUAUUGUAUUUUAUACAAAAUAGGAUUUUCAUAGGCGAGUGAGAAUUUGUUUUUUUUUUUUUUUUUGUGUCGUAUAGAUUACCAUUUUUUUUCAUUUUUUUGUGAAUUAUCAUAUGGUAGAAAAAUAGAAAAGAAAAAAAUUGCUGCAGCUGUCAUUUGAGUGAUUCCUCAAGAUCUGUGUAAUCGGUUACUCAAGGAGGCUUAGUGGCCAUAAAGCUGGCAAAUUUUUUUAGCAUUUUUUACAGAGUCUUGGCUGUUGCUAGAAACCACUGCUGCCUAUGCGCGCAAUGGGAGGGUAGAUGGACAACAUACAAACUCGGUGUAUCUUCUUUUCUGCUUUUGAUUCUUUUUCUAAUUCGAGGGUGCUCUUCACUGAACCCUGAGGGUAUGGCGUUGUUGGAUUUUCGGGCAGGAAUAUCUCAUGAUCCAUAUGGCGCCUUCAAAAGUUGGUUUCCUGAUAACCGUGAUCCAUGUUCGUGGUCUUAUAUUCAUUGUGUUGAUGGCAAUGUUCAUGUGCUGGAUCUCAAUGGGCUAUCCUUGGAAGGAGUAUUGGUACCUGAGAUAGGGAACCUCACACAUUUGAGACGCCUUAUCCUCUCACAGAAUAAGUUCUCUGGAGUUAUUCCAAAAGAGCUUGGUGAACUCUCAAUGUUGGAAGUGCUAGACUUACGGGAUAAUAAUUUGAGUGGACAUAUUCCUGUGGAGCUAGGAAGGAUGUAUUCGCUAAAACGGUUGUUGCUCUGUAACAACAAUCUUGAAGGACCCAUUCCCAUGGAACUCAGGACUCUCAGCUUUCUCUGUGAAAUGGAAUAUGAUGAGAACCCUCCAUCUCUUGUUGCCAAUGGGAUUGGAUGUUUAAAUAGGAAGUUCGGACGAUGCGUAUGGCAGGGAGGUUCUAAACUUCAAAGGAAAGCUGACUCUAUUCUAAAACAAGUGAAAGAAACAGUUUCUAGUUACCUCAGCCCAUUCCAACCUUUCAGGAUUCACAAGAGCUGUUCAGGCAAUUGCCAGAUAAGUGAAAAAAUAGGUGAAUUGGAAGCAGAAAUGGUGGAAAAUGAUGUGCGUCGAAAGCUUGCACAAGAAUCUUUAAACCUUGCAGCUGCACCAUCGCCUAGUGACGGGACUGGGCCACCAAAGAUCAUAGCUCUCCCAACUACUAGAAGUAGUGGAUCAUAUCCUGCUGUACCCAAGCACAAGAAGGAACAUAAUCCACUUGGCCUCGAUCAAGAAACAAUAUCUUCUCAACCACCGGCAAAUCAGGCUCAAGAAAGUAGCAAUAUAUAUAAGUGGAAGAUUUGGUUUAUAAUAUCUUUCUGCAUACUUCUGCUGAUAAUGAUUGCCAUAGUUCUCUGGUGUGUGUGUCGUCGAUGUAUAAGAGUAAAGACCAUGGGACCAUGGAGAAGUGGUAUCAGUGGACAAUUGCAGAAAGCAUUUGUUACUGGUGUUCCAAAGCUAAGCCGUGCUGAGCUAGAAACAGCUUGCGAGGAAUUUAGCAACAUCGUUGUGACAACAGAAGGCUAUACAUUAUAUAAGGGAACAUUAUCUAGUGGAGUUGAGGUUUGUGUAGCAUCAACUUCCAUUGGUAGUCUCAAAGAUUGGUCAAAACGCGCAGAGCUAGGGUUUCACAAGAAGAUUGAUGUGUUGUCACGAGUGAAUCACAAAAACUUUGUUAAUCUUCUUGGUUAUUGUGAGGAGGAUGAACCUUUUGUUAGGAUGAUGGUGUUUGAGUAUUCUGCUAAUGGCUUACUCUCAGAGCAUCUACACGUUUCAGAACUUGAACAUCUUGAUUGGAUCACAAGGAUGCGAAUUAUCAUGGGAAUAUCCUAUUGUCUUGAAUACUUGCAUGAAUUGAAUCCUCCUGUGCCGCAUACCUAUGUCACCUCAACAGUAAUCUUUCUUACCGACGAUUAUGCACCCAAAGUUGCGGAGAUAGCUUUCUGGACAAAUUUGAUAUCGAAACCAAAGGUAUCGGCAGAAUCUGAAUCAGAACCUUCUGCACUGCCACCACUCGUUGAUACAGAGACAAACGUCUACUGUUUUGGUAUCUUAUUGCUUGAAAUCAUUUCUGGCAACCUUCCUCAUUCUUACCAACAAGGGCAUCUUGAAGCUUGGGCUGCACAAUAUCUAAAGGAUAAAAGAAACUGGAGUGACGUUGUUGACCCGACAUUAAAAUCAUUUAAGCAAAACGAGCUUGACAUCAUAUGUGAAGUUAUUGAAGAAUGCAUUGACCCGGAUAUUCGAAAGAGACCAACAAUGAAAGAAGUGGUUACAAAGCUACGUGAAGUGCUACGAAUUUCACCCGAGCAAGCAAUGCCAAGACUCUCACCUCUUUGGUGGGCUGAGCUUGAGAUCUUAUCAGGAGAGGCAUAAACGAACAAGAACUAUUGAAGAUACAUGACUCAUCGACUCCCUUUGGUGACAGUACUGUAGAUUUCGCGUGUCAAUACAUGGAUGUUUGGGAAAAAGGGUAUAGAUGUCAUUGUUUGUGUCUCGAGUAUAAGGAUAUGUUUGUCAAGUUACAGAUUGUGUAUCCUGUGUGUACUUGGAAGUGUUUUCGAGGUGACAGUGAUAGAACGAAAUUUUGAGAGAAUGAAACUUGCUAGCUCAAACUAUUAUAAUACAAUUUUUCUUUAGCAUUG